AAUAGCGAGUCCCGGGAGCUUCUAAAAAAUACUACGAAAAAUGGACUAGUAUAUAUACGGCGUCGCUGUCUAAGCUCAACAACUCGCCAAGUUGCUGAAAACAAUAAUAUUCUUCAUUCUACAGUUAAUGGCGGAGUAGCUGUUUGAAAAUCGACCAAUUUUGAAUUUGAUCCAAGUUUGACUGCCAAUCCAGCUAAAAAAAUGUUGAAUCGAGUAUAUUAUUGCAGUGCAUUUCUGGAUUACGGUGGAUUUGUGGUGAUUGGUGACCACAAUUUGGAAGAUCGAUCAUCGGGGAGACGAGCUUCCGUAAAAUUGGGGCUAGAACUUGGCGGUUGUGAGGAAUUUGAAUUGCUAGAGGAGUGAAGGUAUCUUAUUUUUUGGCAUUUUUUUUUUUCGAUUCGGUUGCAAUGGAAAGUGAAGUGUUGCGGAAGGUGAAGGAAGGGAUUUCUGAUGUUGUGGUGGAGAUCAAAGCUCCAGGCUCCCGAGGAACAGAUCGAGCAUCGGAAUCGACAUCGGAGAUCUCUAAUCUGGAGCUUUCAGAACUUUCUGCUCCGGCGGAGACGACGAUUCAAAACAGUGCUAGGGUUUCAGUUCCAGCUCCGGCGGAUUACCCGGCGAAGCCACCGGUUGCUCCUGCCGCACGCCGCCGAUCUCUGACGAAAUCUGCAUAUUCAAAGCCUAAGUCUCGAAUCGCCGAACCGCCAUAUCCGAGCAACACGAAGAUUACAGAGAUUCCUCAAAUCGCUCCUUCAAAAUCGCCAUUAAGAAACUCACCUGGAAUUGUUUCACCUUCAAUGCCUUCCAAAUCCGAAACUCCGAAGCAAUCAGCUCCAGUAACGCCGAAAACGCCUCUGAUAUCACACGAUGAAGACGACGAAGACGACGACAAUGAGGUCUACAAAACAGAAAAUCUCAAAAUCGACAAAGGCAAACGAGGUAAGAAAGUGAAGGUAAUCGCUAUAAUCGAAUGGAUUGCGUUCAUAACCAUAAUGACUGUUUUGAUAGCAAGUAAAACCAUAAACACAUUGAAGGAUUUCCACAUUUGGAGUUUGCAGCCAUGGAAAUGGUGUGUGUUGGUAUUGGUAAUCUUCUGCGGCCAUUUGUUCACAGAAUGGUUGAGUGAAAUUCUAGUUUUCCUAAUUGAGAAAAACUUCUUGCUGAAGAAGAAGGUUCUGUAUUUCGUAUUCGGCAUGAAAAAGAGCAUCCGAAUCGUCAUAUGGCUAGCCUUGAUUCUCCUAACAUGGUCAUUGCUGAUAAAUCGAGGUGUCAAAAGAUCGAAGAACACGAAGAAGGUGUUGAACUACAUAACAAGAGGAAUCAUAUCCACUCUAAUCGGGGCAGUUCUAUGGAUGAUCAAAACUCUUUUGGUUAAACUAGUAGCUUCGUCGUUCCAUGUGAGAACCUACUUUGAUCGAAUCCAAGAAUCUGUAUUUCAUCAGUAUCUUCUUCAGGUGCUCUCGGGGCCUCCAAUGGCUGGAAUCGAUGGUUCGAGGAUCAGUGGUCAGUUGAGUUUCAACAAAGGGACAACCGGGGAGAAGAAAACAGAGGUGAUCAAUGUCGAUAAGUUGCAUAAGAUGAAAAGGGAGAAAGUUUCGGCGUGGACUAUUGGAGGGCUGAUUAAAGUGAUAAGGGACUCCGAUUUGCUGUCCAUAUCCGAGGUUCUUGACGAGAGCAUCGAAGAUGAGCCAAAAGUUAUUACGAAUGAGGUUGAGGCAAGGGAUGCUGCGAAUAGAAUAUUCAAGAAUGUCGCGAAACAUGGUCAAAAGUACAUCGACGAGGAUGAUCUUCUUCAAUUCAUGCCUAAAGCGGAAGUUGACAACGCGUUCCCGCUCUUCGAAGGCGCGGCGGAAUCACGACGGAUCAAGAAAUCAUCCUUCCGGAACUGGGUCGUAAAGGCCUACAACGAGCGAAAAUACUUAGCAGUGUCUCUAAACGACGCCAAAACAGCUAUAGAGGAGCUAAACAAGCUCGCUUCGGGGCUCAUACUCGUCGUGAUAAUCAUAGUUUGGUUACUUGUGAUGGAAAUCGCCACGACAAAAGUGUUGGUCUUCAUUUCGUCGCAGAUUCUCCUCAUAGUCUUCAUGUUCGGCAACACUGCUAAGAUGGUGUUCGAAGCCAUCAUAUUCGUAUUCGUCACGCACCCCUUCGACGUCGGGGAUCGUUGCGUCGUCGACGGAGAACAGAUGGUUGUGGACGAGAUGAACAUAUUGAGCACGGUCUUCCUGAAACCGAACAACGAGAAAAUGUAUUAUCCGAAUUCGGUUCUUGCCACGAAACCUAUCAGCAACUACAACCGGAGCCCCGAGAUGGGCGACUCUAUCGACUUUGCUGUCGAUUUUUUCACCUCAGUCGAGAGCAUUGCCGCCUUGAAAUCCAAGAUAAAAGCAUAUUUGGAGAGUAAACCUCAGCUUUGGAGCCCGAAUCACAGCGUGCAGUUAAAGGAAAUUGUGGAUGUGAACAAAUUGAUAAUGGCCCUCUACGUUAGCCAUACGAUAAAUUUUCAAAAUUCUGGAGAAAGAGGCAAUCGAAGAUCCGAGCUCGUGCUUGAGCUCAAGAAGAUCCUCGAGGAGGUCGGCAUUAGGUACCGUUUGCUCCCUCAAGAAGUUCAGCUCAGCUAUGUCAAUGUUUAGAGGCGAGGAAGCACUUUUGGACUUUUGGUACUGUCAACCAAUUAUAUUUUUAGUUCCGUAACUAUGAUUGAUUAUUGUUUUAGUUCUUUAUAUAUUUUGCCAUAGGAAAAUUUUGAAAAUUUUGAAAUAUUUUGAAUAUAGUAAAAUUUUGAAUAUUUGAUAAUCAUGUUCAUUAUUGUAUGAGUGCUUUAUGUACUUUAUUGUAGUAAGUUUUUGAAAUUUUUGAAAAAAAAAACUUAGA